AACCCAUGUUUAUUUGACUCAUAAUGUAAAACUACAUCAUAAAUAGGACUGCUACGAGAAAAAAAAACUGCGCCAGCGGCACUGAACGCAACAUUCGCACAGUUUCCUGCUGUUCAACGGUCUUUCCCUAUUCUGUACUGAAACCGCGACCUCAGAUCCAAAAUGGCGUCCUAUGGAGUCGCGACCGUGAUCAUCCGGGUGUCUGGGGACGCGACCAAUCAGACGGCGGAUGAGCUAAUAAGGCGGGGUAAGGUGUGUUCGGAAAAUCGGCUAUAAUAGCAUUACUAGCGGACAUAAAUGAUAAACUCACGGCGCGAUCACAUCUUAAAAUCACACUGAACGGUAUUUAACAUUCAAAAUGAUUCAAAGCUACGCGCAAAGCUCUUUUCAUCCACGCCGCAUAAACGUGAGAGGGAUUCUUUGACGUCAUUCCGGCGCGGACCAAUGAGCGGCCUCCAUAUGUGGGACACGAGCGGCGUGAGUUAUCGAGGUGGCACGCAGCCAGCAUAGAGCGACAACUAUAGAUCAAGCGCAUCGUUUUAAACGCGCUAUAUAAAAUGAUUAUCACACAGCCUUUUCAUACGCAAUUUAGUAAAUAGAUACUAAACAUGAAUACUUAGAGAUCUAGACCCCCAAAACAAUUUUUAGAACGCGUAAAACGUUACAAAAGAAGCUGUAUCAGAAUCUAGUGUGUGGGCAUCUGUGCUCUCGCUGGAUCGUUUCGUGUCGGCGCAUGCGCAGAUCGCUGGAGCGUUAUGUAAACCGUCGCUUUUUUGGCCCGGUUCUGUGGAGCUAGACUUCGGUGGACUUCGCUGGUCUGCAGUGGUUCUGCUGGCGAAUUUUCAUAAACUUUGAGAUGAUUUUGUCAUCGGGACUCACAUAAACAUAUUUCCCCGCUUUAGUAACGCCUCAGGCCGCAGCAUCAUGCCGAUCAACUCCAUCCACUGGUUCCGGAAGGGUCUGCGUCUGCACGAUAACCCGGCUCUGCUGGAGGCCGCCAGGGGCUCCCAGACGCUGCGCUGCGUUUACUUUCUGGACCCCUGGUUCGCCGGGGCCUCCAACCGCGGCAUCAACCGAUGGAGGUUUCUGCUGCAGUGUCUGGAGGAUCUGGACUCAAGUCUUCGCAAACUCAACUCCUGUCUGUUCGUCAUCCGCGGUCAGCCGGCCAACAUCUUCCCGCGCCUCUUCAAGGAGUGGAAGGUGUCUCGGCUGACGUUCGAAUGCGACUCGGAGCCGUUCGGGAAAGAGCGCGACGCAGCUAUAAAGAAGCUGGCGUCUGAAGCGGGAGUGGAGGUGAUCACGAAGAUCUCGCACACGCUGUACGAUCUGGACAGGAUCAUGGAGCUGAACAGCAGUCAGCCGCCGCUGACCUACAAACGCUUCCAGACGCUGGUGAGCAGCAUGGAGCCGCCGGAGCCUCCGCUGGAGCCGCUGACCCGAGAGCUGCUGGGAAACUGUGUGACGCCGGUCAGCGAAAACCACAAAGAGAGAUACGGAGUGCCCCUGCUGGACGAGCUGGGGUUCGACACGGAGUCUUUGGCUCCUGCUGUUUGGCCUGGAGGAGAAUCAGAGGCACUGAUGCGGCUGGAGCGACACCUCGGACCCGACUCUACCGCGGCGUGGCAGGAGAACUUUGAGCGUCCGAAGAUGAACUCCAGUCCGCUGCUGGCCAGUCCGCUGGGCUUGAGCCCGUACCUGCGCUUCGGCUGCUUGUCUUGUCGCCUGUUCUACUACAAACUCACCGAGCUCUUCAAGAAGGUGAAGAACGGAAGCCCUUCGAUCUCUCUGUACGACAAGCUCUUGUGGAGGGAGUUCUUCUACACGGCGGCCAGCAACAACCCGCGCUUCGACCGCAUGGAGGGAAACCCCAUCUGCAUCCGCAUCCCGUGGGACAGGAACCCCGAGGCGCUGGCCAAGUGGGCCGAGGCCAAGACGGGCUUCCCGUGGAUCGACGCCAUCAUGACCCAGCUGCGGCAGGAGGGCUGGAUCCAUCAUCUGGCGCGGCACGCCGUGGCCUGUUUCCUGACGCGAGGAGAUCUCUGGAUCAGCUGGGAGGAGGGCAUGAAGGUGUUCGAGGAGCUGCUGCUGGACGCAGACUGGAGCGUGAACGCUGGCAGCUGGCUCUGUCACUCCUGCAGCUCCUUCUUCCAGCAGUUCUUCCACUGCUACUGUCCCGUGGGAUUCGGACGCAGGAUCGACCCCAACGGAGACUUCAUCAGACGUUACUUACCUAUACUCCAAGAUUUUCCAGCCAAGUACAUCUACGACCCCUGGAACGCGCCGGAGGAGGUGCAGCGUGCCGCCAAAUGCGUGAUCGGCGUGGAUUAUCCCAAACCCAUGGUGAACCACGCCGAGGCCAGCCGCCUGAACAUCGAGAGGAUGCGGCAGAUCUACCAGCAGCUCUCCAGAUACCGCGGACUCAGUCUUCUCGCAACUGUUCCGUCCAACCACAUGGAGGUCGUAAGUGUCAGUGAAGCCCAAGGAGCAGCGGUGCCACCUACAUGCCGGAGGACGCAGAGCAGCACUUCGUCUCAUCCAGGGGUCAGAAGAGAGCAGCCAGGACCGAGCAGACCGAAAUAUCGCGGCACAAGACACCGACACGCCCUCAACCACCGUACAUCGCCCUACACCACCCAGAGCAACCUGACGGAGAACGGCCACGAAUUUGCUGUCCCACAACAACCAGGGCGUCUGUUUUGGCCGAUUGGGGGCGGGGCUGGAAAGAGAGAAACGGAGGCGGAACACAACGGUUGCCAUGGUGAUGACGGCCCCUCCACCUCCUCUUCAGCGCUAAAAGCCCAAGUUGACAAGAAGCGGCGAGAAGACGGGGAGGGCGUGGCCUUCUCUUCCUAAGCUCCACCCACUGAUGGAUUCGCAAAAUGUAUUACAACUUUACCUCGCGUGUUAAACACAAACAUUCGAAGUAAUUUAAAACAACGGUUUGUCCAAUUAAAUUGUGGCGAAAAUGUAAUUUUAACGUUUUUAGAAAUUUUAUAAUGUAAAAUUCUAAAAUAUACAAUUAAAUAAAAUGUGAUUUAUUAUCCCAAAUAUUGAUUUUAAAAAUCAGAUGUAAAUACUGUCUAAGUGAACUUUUAAAGUAAAGGUCCUUUCACGCGAAUGAGUGUAACGAAUACUCGUCAGGUUGAACGAGAAGCUAAAUGUUUUAAUAACUCCAGAUUUAUAUUUGCACAUGUAGUUGACGAAAACCUGAACCAAAUCCCAAGUCUUAAUGGUCAGCACAUAUCCGUCAAAAGUUGCGAAAAAAUUGAGUCUCCGUUGUUUAUAUUCAAAUUUGUGAAGAUUUGUUUGGUGUAAACGGACCUCAAUAUAGGAAAAUACAAGUAAUCGCAAACAGCCAAAGAAGAACACGCAUUACGCCAUAUUUAAACGGAUCCAGAUUCACUCAGUGUUACGGACGAACGGAAGAGUUUCCGCAGCGCUGCUCUGAACCGGCCUCACCUGUACAUACCUGCGUCUGUUUCCAUGAGUCACAGGAUCGUCAGAAUGUGUUUGGGUCCAAACUAUUGUAACUACCACAGAUGAAUGAUUGUCUCGUCUGUAUAAACGACUGUAUUUUGUUCCAUGUUUUAGUGUUUUUGCACAGAUAGCGUAGAAUGGGCUUCGGGUGUUUGACGUCUUUGAUCUUCCAUUGCUGUACAUUAAUUCCAAGUCAUUGUCAUCUCUAUGUAGUCCAGUGUUUUGUAUAUGACAGCUGUAGCUUAUGGAGCUGUACAUUUCUACCGCUUGUGUUUUCAGUUUUUUUUACAGAAUAUUAGUAGCUGUUUUGAAUUUUAAAGAGAUAUAUAGUACCAGCAUUUGUUUUUUAAGUCUGUGUGGUACUCAGCCAGCUAAUAAAAAAAUAUUUUAAAACACAA